GAAAAAGUGACAUGAAACAAUGUCAUAAUUGCCAUGAUUUGAUUGGCUGUAUAUCUAUGGCUUUAGUCAAAAAAAGUUAUUGCAUAUAACCACAAUUUUUAAGGCACUGAAUAUACCCAGAUAAUAUACACCUCACAUGCAGAACUGGAAACAGUAUCAUGUCUCACUCGUUCACUCACUGAGUGGCUUCCCCCAAAGUCAUGAGAGCACCUAUGUUUUACCACUAGAUGGUGCAAAUGAGCAGAUGAGGGGAUUCAGUGCCUAUUCUUGUGUCAUUGGUAAUCUUUAUGAACGUGAAGUGGGAAUGCGGAACACUGCUCCUUCUUCACAGUCACAUCUCACCCCUGACCCCUGACCCCGGGUGACUGCAUCAUGCCCUCGGCUCUGCAUGGCCAGCAUCCUGCUCAUGGCUCUCUGCAUCUCUCCUCUUCAGAUCUGCCUGUGUGUCCCUCACUCAGACACGCUGCCGUGCGGCACUGGAGUAACAUCCCUUUCAUUACAGUGCCACUCACGCGCGCCCACGGUAAGUCCUUCGCACACCGCAGCGAGCUGAAGCAGGCCAAGCGCAUCGUGGUGAAGCUGGGCAGCGCCGUGGUGACGCGCGGGGACGAGUGCGGGCUGGCGCUGGGGCGGCUCGCUUCCAUCGUCGAGCAGGUGGCAGUCCUACAGAACCAGGGCAGAGAGAUGAUGAUCGUCACCAGUGGUGCCGUGGCGUUCGGGAAACAGAGGCUAAGGCACGAGAUUCUGCUCUCUCAGAGCGUGCGGCAGGCACUCCACUCGGGCCAGAACCAGCUGAAAGACAUGUCGGUUCCGGUUCUGGAGGCGCGGGCCUGUGCGGCGGCGGGUCAGAGCGGACUCAUGGCACUGUACGAGGCCAUGUUCACCCAGUACAGCACCUGCACGGCACAGAUCCUGGUGACCAAUCUCGACUUCCACGACGAGCAGAAGAGGCGGAACCUAAACAGCACUCUGCACGAGCUGCUGCGAAUGAACAUCGUGCCCAUCAUCAACACCAAUGACGCGGUGGUGCCCCCGCCCGAGCCCAACAGUGACCUGCAGGGGGUAAACGUGAUUAGCAUCAAGGAUAAUGACAGUUUGGCUGCGCGUCUUGCUGUGGAGAUGAAGGCAGAUCUGCUGAUCGCCCUGUCAGAUGUGGAAGGGCUGUACGAUAGCCCCCCAGGAUCUGACGAUGCCAAACUCAUCGAUAUUUUCUACCCUGGAGACCAGCAGUCCAUCACCUAUGGGACAAAGUCUAGGGUUGGGAUUGGAGGCAUGGAAGCCAAGGUGAAGGCAGCACUGUGGGCACUGCAGGGAGGCACCUCUGUGGUCAUUGCCAACGGGACGCACCCCAAGGUCACAGGUCACGUCAUCACCGACAUCGUGGAGGGGAAGAAAGUGGGGACCUUCUUCUCAGAGGUGAAGCCGGCUGGUCCCACGGUGGAGCAGCAGACAGAGAUGGCAAGACACGGGGGGCGGACGCUGGCCUCACUUCUACCUGAGCAGAGAAGUGAGAUCAUCUGCCACCUGGCUGACCUGCUGACAGAGAAGAAAGAUGAGAUCCUGGAUGCUAACAAGAAGGACAUGGACCUGGCUGUCAGCACAGGUCGGCUGUCCCCAGCCCUGCUGAAGAGGCUCAGUCUGUCCCCCGCAAAGCUGAACAGCCUGGCCAUCGGGCUGCGGCAGAUCGCUGUGUCAUCCCAGGACAGCGUUGGCCGCGUCCUCCGCCGAACACGCGUUGCCAACAACCUGGAGCUGGAGCAGAUCACUGUUCCAAUCGGCGUGCUGCUCGUCAUCUUCGAGUCCCGCCCCGACUGCCUCCCCCAGGUGUCUGCACUGGCCAUCGCCAGCGGCAACGCACUUUUGUUGAAGGGGGGGAAGGAGGCAGCCAACUCCAACCGCAUCCUGCACCAGCUGACCCAGGAAGCACUCUCCAUCCACGGGGUCAAGGAUGCAGUACAGCUGGUGAGCACACGUGAGGAGGUGGAGGACCUGUGCCGGCUGGAUAAGAUGAUCGAUCUGAUCAUCCCACGAGGCUCGUCCCAGCUGGUGCGGGACAUCCAGCGAGCAGCCAAAGGCAUCCCUGUCCUGGGCCACAGCGAGGGCAUCUGCCACGUUUACGUCGACUCAGACGCCAGCAUCGACAAGGUCAUCAAGAUCGUCAGAGACUCUAAGUGCGAUUACCCUGCGGCCUGCAACGCCAUGGAGACGCUGCUGGUGCACAGAGACCUCCUGAGAACCCCGCUGUUUGACCAGAUCAUAGACAUGCUGAGAGUGGAGAGGGUGAAGAUUCAUGCUGGGCCUAAGUUCGCCUCAUACCUGACCUUCAGCCCAUCGGAGGUGAAGUCCCUGCGGACGGAGUACGGGGACCUGGAGUGCUGCAUCGAGGUGGUGGACAGCAUGCAGGACGCCAUCGAUCACAUCCACAAGUACGGCAGCUCCCACACUGACGUCAUCGUCACCGAAAACGAGGAGACAGCUGAGCAGUUCCUGCAACAGCUGGACAGUGCCUGUGUAUUCUGGAACGCCAGCUCUCGCUUUGCAGACGGAUACCGCUUCGGCCUGGGGGCGGAGGUGGGCAUCAGCACGGCGCGCAUCCAUGCCCGCGGCCCUGUGGGGUUGGAGGGACUCCUCACCACCAAGUGGGUUCUGCGGGGCGACGGGCACACGGCGGCCGACUUCUCUGAGCAGGGCAGCAUGAAGUACCUGCAUGAGAACAUCCCCAUCGCCCGCACCCUGCCCGGACAGAGAACCUCCAACUAGGACCUCCAGCUAGAACCGGCAAACAAAUGCUCCUCCUAGACCUGUAUUCAAGACCCUCCCAUCAGACAGAGAGCCUCCAAUGAGGGGCACUUCCCACAGGAAGACCCGCCUCCCGUAUAGAAAACCUCCAGUGAGGUUCGUCUCCCACAGGAAGACCUGCCUCCCAGACAGAGAAGAUCCAAUGAGGUCUACCCCCCACACAAGAGGACUGAGCCACAGAGAACCCUGAACACACCCAGCAUUUUGGGGGUUUGGAACACCGUGAGAUACCAAAGGGGAGAAGUCCAUGCUCCCAGGAGUAGUGGCCUGACUGACUAGGCCCAGGCAGGUGCAACCUCAUUUCCAGUCCUGAAUGGCAACAAGGUGUAUUUUUUUUUUCUUUGUUCCACUUGAGCACCUAUGUAUAUGACCUACAUCGUGACUGAGUCGACAGGUUCUCCUUCAACUGAAUGGUUUUCUAAUCAACGUCCUCAUUUCUGUUGAAAGUUGAAGUAACCUGGCUCUCCAGGUGGACGUCAGCUGCUUGUUGCUGCUGAAAGUGUGCAGUCCUGGUGUAUGUACCAGCUAUGUGAUUGAGUGAGAUUAGACACGCCCGCAGAGCUGUUGACCAAAGGGGGCACAGGAAGCCAGCGGCCAGCCAAGGUCAGGACUGGACCCAUUCAGGACUGGAACUGAGAAGUACAGAAUGAAACCAACCAAGACCCACUAUGGCCAGUACAUUUAUCCAGCCAGUGUGUCUUAUACAGUGAUACGUUUCACAUUCAUACAGCUGGUCACGUACGUCUCUAAGCAUUACAGUAGCACUGCCUCUCCCUUUUGAACUUGCUACCUGGUUUGAAACACUCUGUAAGUCUUACCUGUUGGCCUAUAGCACAGUACACUAGAGCUGCCGUCACUUAAACCAGAGCAGUGUUGUGUUUAAAAACCAGACCACGAUCAUAAACACUCCCGCUGUCUCUGCGCCAGUUUUUUCCUUUUGUAUGGUUGUUUGUACUCUUUCUGCAGUUUUAACUUUCCGCUUCGCUGCUCUACUUCCUGCAGUUGUAGAACCCCGUUCUCCCGUUCUGUGUUACAUCUCUGCUGCGGUUCCGUGGUUACGGGCCUCUCCCCUCGGAGAGGGAGUGGUGAUCGGGCAUUCCAGAACCGGCGCCAUGGAAACACAGGAUCCUCCUCAGUGGGUUUUUUUUUUGUAAUU